GGCCUCAGCUCCGCGGAAGGCCCCGGCGGCCGCCUCCCUCACGCCUCCGCCGCGCGACGAGUUCCGGUUCCCUCCCACUUCCGGUUUCCCCCUCCGAGUCCGGUCCUCACUUCCGGUCCCCCCCCACCCUACCGGCUCCCUCCGAAGUCUGUCUCCCUCCGAGUUCCGGCUUCUCCGCGUUCCUCCGGCUUCCGGCUCCUCCUAGAUUCCCCCUCCCCCCCCCUUCCCCCCCGACCGGAAGCAGCCGCGCGCCGCGGCCGGGGGACUUCCGGUGCCGACGGAGGCCCGAGCGGCCGCGAUGCCGCGCUAUUACGAGGACAAGCCGGAGGAGGGCGCCUGCGCGGGGGUCCGGGAGGACCUGGGCCUCUGCCUGCUGCAGUCCGACUGCGUCAUGAAGGACGGGAAAAGCCCCCGGGAGUGUCUGAAGGAAGGGAAUUGCCAAGCCCUGAAAGUUUCAUUUUUCGAGUGCAAGCGAUCCAUGUUGGACGCCAGAUCCAGGUUCAGAGGGAGAAAGGGAUAUUGACGCCGCCCUUCCCGGCGAGAACGGAAGGCGGGAAUUCCGCGGGGUCGUUCCCGGGGAAAUCCAAGUCCACCGGGGACCCUUUCCCGCCAGGAAGAGCCAAGAGGGGAAGGCCGGAUUCCCCGUCCUGAAAGAUUCCCACCUGAAGCCGUCCCGGGAGAGAGCGACCACCUCCGGAUGUGUGGGUUGUGCGCGGAAUAAACUUAUUUUCCUGAAUCUGG